AUGAAUUUUUAUUCGAUCUCUUUUAUAUGGCAAGUUUUAAGUGAAUUUUUAUAUGCAACUCACAUCGAACGUUUCAGCACAGUGACAUGUCAAACACAUAUACCAAUGGAAGGAGAAUUGUAUGAUGAGGGACUUGAUGCUAAAUUACCUAGAGGAUGGUACAGAAUCGGUCCACAGCAAAUUCGCCACGAUUCGUCAUGGUUAAAUCUCUACAGAAGACGUGCAACCGGUUCUGGCUACUGGGAUUUUUAUACAAAUAUACCUGAACGAAAUUGCAUUGGGGGAUUUGGUUUGCAUGCUGGUGAAAAUAUUGCUGGAUCGAUUACGGUUAAGGAUAAACGUUGUUUUGAUCGACUAUUGAGGCAAAUUGAGCGGAAAACAACCGGCGAGAAGUUUGAUGUUUUACAAUGUAGAAAAUGUAUUUUUAAUAGUUGUUGGUUAGGUACGAAGUUAUUACCCGCUUAUAGGCAGUAUUUAACUAAUUUGAGAUCCAUUUAG